UUUAUAUUUUUGUUUGUACAGGCAUGCCUUGAACUAUUACAACGAAGUGGUGUAACAAUAAAGGGAAAAAAGGCAGUUGUGGUUGGCAGAAGCAACAUAGUUGGAUUACCAGCUUCAUUGCUGCUUUUGAAAGCAGAUGCUACAGUUACUAUUGUACAUUCACACACAAGUCAACCAGAAAAUAUCAUACGUGAAGCGGAUAUUGUUAUUGCAGCAGCUGGACAGCCAAAGAUGAUCAAAGGAAGUUGGAUCAAACCUGGAGCGGCAGUCAUAGAUGUUGGAACAAAUGCUGUUGAUGACCCAACGAGGAAGUCUGGUUACAGGCUUGUUGGAGAUGUAGAUUUUGAGGAAGCUUCUAAAACUGCAGGUUGGAUUACUCCUGUUCCUGGUGGUGUAGGUCCAAUGACGGUCACAAUGUUGUUGAAGAAUACUUUGGAGGGAGCUAAGCGUUAUAUUGAGCAAAGUAAUUGAUCUUUUUUGACUUUGAAUAAGGAUCGGUCUUCAAAAUAGAAAAGUGGGAUUGGUUCAAGCAAAACUAUAUAUUUGCCUUUUCAAUA